UCUAAAUACCAACUUCCCUUAAAAGACCGCCGCAACUCGAUUCCAUUCUUCCAGUCAGGCUUCACUUCCACCCACUCUCAGAUUCCUCAGUCUCACUCGCAGUCCAUGCCGUGGCCGGCGAAGAACGCCGGCCUGGGCAUAGCCGCCAUGUCCUACAUAGCCGUUGACUACCUACGCCACCUGUCCCCGACGUGGCACUCCCGGCUGCAACCAGUGCUGUGGUCCCUCCUCGCCCUCGCCGCUGUGGUCCGCGUCCCCUCCUACCGUCACUGGUCCGCCGAGUUCCGUUCAGCGAUUCCGUUUGUCGCCUCCAUGCUCUUCAUGCUCUCCGCGCUUCUCUUCGAAGCCCUCUCCGUCCGCUCCGUUACCGCCGUCCUCGGCCUCGACUGGCACCGGAAUACGCCUCCUCUUCCAGAUACGGGUCAAUGGUUUCUCUUGGCAUUGAAUGAGAAACUUCCUAGUCCCAUUGUUGAGAUAUUAAGAGCUCGAAUCAUUGGACUGCACCAUUUCUUGAUGUUGUUUAUGAUGCUAGCGUUCUCUGUGCUAUUUGAUUCUGUGAAAGCUCCGGGCCUCGGAUUAGGUGCUAGAUAUAUGUUUACCAUGGCAGUUGGCCGCCUUCUUCGUGCCAUAACUUUUGCAUCUACAAUUUUGCCAUCAGCCCGUCCUUGGUGUGCUGGUUCUCGGUUCAGAGUUCCGGCGUACCCUCAUCCUUGGGCCCAAAAGUAUUAUGUUCCCUAUGCCAAAGAUCAUGAUGCUAUCAGCCGAGUGAUAAAUCUAGAUACAGCUUAUGUUGACAUUGGAAAGCCAGUUAGCGACUACCAGCCAGAUUGGGGUUCAAUGAGCUUUCUGAUUGAUUUUUUGCGACCCACUGUCUCCGAAGGACCUUCAUGGUACAGUCUGUUAAAGAAAGCUGGAGGUGGCUGCAAUGACCUCCUAUACAGUGGCCACAUGCUUGUUGCCGUACUCACAGCCAUGGCUUGGACAGAAGCAUAUGGAGGUUUCAGUUCUGCUCUUGUAUGGCUUCUUUUGAUGCAUAGUGCCCAAAGAGAAAUACGAGAACGUCAUCAUUACACUGUAGACUGCAUUGUAGCCAUCUAUGUAGGGAUCCUUUUGUGGAAGAUGACAGGUUUUAUUUGGUCACGUGAAGCUAAGUCAAGUAAUAGGAGUCUGACUAAGCUGGAGACGAUUCAAAGCAGAUUAAUCCAAGCUUCAAAAGACUCGGACAUUGACAAAGUGAGGGAGCUUCUGAAAGAGAUUGAGUUAAUCAGUGAAGAAAGCAAGGAUUCGACUGGAAUUAAACAUGCACGGUUGUUUCGUAGUGCCACCAUUUUCUUUGCACUCACCAUUGUUGUUCUGGCUUUCACGUUGACAAGUGAUGGAUGAUCUUCUGGCGAUCCACUUGUUUAGAAUGCCACACACGGUUUUAAACUUGCAAGUAUUCUAGUAUUCUCGGUAAUAGUUUUGGAGUCAUACAAAUAUGUACAUCACGUAAUGAGGCUACCCGCAAAUACUGUUGAAGUGAGGAUUUAGUGUUCGAUAUCAUGUACUUUUUUUUAUCAUUGUCAUCCUCUUGUACCACUGGCAUGUAUGUAGUUAUCUUGUUUCAAUGUAUUGGAUCAUUUUGAAGAAUUGACAACUCACCAUGGAUGGAAAUCAGAAUUGCCACGUUGCAUUUGCAAUACGAGUCUUGAUUUACUUUGUUUUGGAAGAUUGAAGUGAAUAGAAUGGUUAGAUUUUUAUAGUA